CAUGAAUGCAAGCAGCAUAGACUUAUAACCAUUAUUACCUUUUUUCUACUUCGGGUGCUUGUUGUUUAUUAAGCAAAGAGUUUAUAGCUCUCGAACAGCCUUACUGAAGCCGUCCAAGGUGCAAGCAAUCAACGCUUCUCCUCAUUCCUAGUGACCACCACGGCGUCAUAUAUUGAGGCACUAUACUUUUAUUGUCAGCUGCGGAGGUCUUCUCACUCGGCUGGCAGCAUCACUUGAAGACCCGUUUGGGCAUUGACAGCCCCCCAAAGGCCUUGGGAGCAAUAGCAGAAUGGCGUCAACAUCCCAACCGCCGGAACCGGUGGCUAUAGCAAGGGCAGGACACGUGGCUUUAGAUCUCGGCACGGCUGAUGCACAGUCAGGCGCUGACGCGUGUCGCAAAGAGGACGCUGCCGCUGUAGCUGAACCGCACUCCGCGAAAGCCCUUCCGGGCAGCAGCAGCGAUAGCGGCGGACUCGAAGGCGGCAGCACGAGAAGAAAAAGAGCGCUGCAAGCUUCUAUAUUCCUCGUUGCAGCAAUUAUAGCGGUCGGAGUGGGCGUUGGUGUGAGCGUGGGUCUAGGCAAAAAGAACAACAGAAAGAGCAGCAGUAGCAGCAGCGGUGGCAGCAGCGGCAGCAGCGACGACGUCUUCGUUACGGUUGGCGAACUGUCAGAACCCGGCCUCACGUACUACAUCGCUGCGGAUCAGAUUUCCUGGAACUACGCCCCCUCGGGUCGCAACCUCUGCUUCGACAACCGCACAGCUGCCAUGCUGCUCACGCCCGGCACCACCCGAGUGGGCGGCACCUUCACCAAGGCGCAGUACCGCGAAUACACGGACGCCAGCUUCAUGACACUCAGAACCCGGGAGGCCGACUGGGAGCACCUGGGUAACCUAGGACCCGUCAUGUUCGGCGCCGUGGGUGACGUCAUCCGCAUCGUGUUCCGCAAUAACCUCCCAUUCGCUGCCAACAUGGUCCCCACGGGCGGCCUGGUCGCUUGGGACAGCCCAACCGACUCCAACCUCCGCUCGACUCGUACGGCGGCCGUUGAGCCCGGCGGCACCACGGUGUACUACUGGCACGUGACGGCCGACGCGGGUCCCGUCAAUGGGUCGAGCGUUACGUCGCGCAUGUGGAUGUAUCGCAGCGGCGUGGACCCAGUGGCGCAUGACAAUGCUGGGCUGCUUGGCGUGGUGAUUGUGGCGGCGCCGGAAAGUGCGGGGGAGACGGACCGGCGCGCGAGGGACGUAGACCGGGAGCUGGUGCUGCUGUUCCAAGUUGUGUCCGAGAGGAGCAGUGCGCUGCUGCCGUACGACACGGAUCCAACCCUAACCGCCGGCGUGUCGUACAGCAAGAUGGCCAUCAACGGCUACACGUACUGCAACAUGCCGUUGAGUGCCGUACAGAUGCGAGUGGGGCAGCGCGUGCGGUGGCACGUGGCGAGUGUGGGCAGCAGCGACUCAUUGCACAACUACCACUGGCAUGGUCACACGCUGGAGCUCAACGGCCACCACGUGGACCAGUUCACCGCCAUCCCCGGCGCCGCCUACUCCGCCAACAUGCAGCUGGACCAGCCGGGCAACUGGAUGGUGCACUGCCACGUCAACUUCCACAUGGACGGCGGAAUGGUCAACCUGUACAGCGUCGUGGGCGACCCCGCUCCCUUCCCUUCCCUCCCUGGCGCCCGGGAGCGGGUGUACUACGUCGCCGCGGAGGAGGUGGAGUGGAGCUACACGGGGGAGAACAACACAUACGCAUGCGGACCCGAACCCAUCCCCUACGACGUCAUCGCCUCGGACUCCUCGCCCGAGGGCAACCAGUUCGUGUCGGGCCCCUCCCGGGACCCGGUGCGUCUGGGCCCCAAGCUCACCAAGACGCUGUUCCGCGAGUACACGGACGCCAACUUCACCACGCUGAAGCAGCGCUCCCUGGCGGAUUCGUACCUGGGUCUGGUGGGGCCCAUCAUGCGGGCCGCGGUGGGCGACAACAUCACGGUGGUGCUGCUGAACCGCGCCUCCAUGAGCGUCAGCAUGCACCCGCACGGGCUGCGGUACGACAAGGCCAACGAGGGCACCCUGUACGAGGACGGCACGCCAGACGCGGAGAAGCAGGACGAUAUCGUACAGCCCGGCCAGAUCUACACGUACCACUGGAUGGUUCCCGACCGCGCGGGCCCCGGUCCCAAGGACCCCUCCUCCAUGCUCUGGAUGUAUCACAGUCACUUGAACGAGACCGCGCAGACGUACGCGGGCCUGGUGGGAGGCGUCAUCGUCACGGGGAGGGACUACGUUGAUGCAAACGCCACGGAGCCGCGACCCAACGAUGUGGACCGAGAGGUGGUCAUCUUCUUCAAUGUGGUAAAUGAGACCAAGUCCUCCAACCUCCAGUACAACCUGGCGACCAAGCUAGGCGAUGGCGGCCGUCUGGCUGCUCAGAUGGCGGCCAACAGCACCUUCGCGACCCAGAUCACUACUGACGCUGGUUUUCAGGAGCACAUGCUAAAGCACGGCAUUAACGGCUACAUGUACUGCAACAUGCCCCGUCUGACCUUCCUCCAAGGCGAUAAGGUACGACUGCACGUGAUGGUGGUUGGUUCGGUUGAGGACAUGCACACGCCCAACCUGGGCGGCGCGCGCUUUGACUACAACCGACAGAGCAGCGACGCAGUACAGAUCAGCCCGGGCGGCAUGAUCAGCGCUGACGUGUCGAUGAGCUCGCCAGGUGAAUUCGAUCUCACAUGUCGUGUAGCUGACCACGUGGCCUCAGGCAUGCACGCCAAGUACAGCGUGCUGCCCAACCCCGCCGCAGCAGCCACCCAGCUCAGCGGCGUCACUCGCACCUACUACAUCCAGGCGGAACCGGAGGAGUGGGACUACGCGCCCGACGGCUACCAGAGGUGUACGGAUACGGAUCUGUCGUACUACUCCAACACCUUCCUGCUGUCGUCCUUCGACACCACGGAUUCCAAGUAUCGAAAGGCGGUGUACAGGGAGUACACGGACGCUACCUUCACAGUCCGCAAGAGCGCCCCCGCCUACUAUGGCACCAUGGGCCCCAUGAUCGUCGUGGAGGUGGGAGACCAGCUCGUGAUCCACUUCCGCAACAAUCUGACCGACCUGCCAGACUAUCCCGUCAACUUGAGCCCCGGAGGCGGCUUGGUGAGGGUCAACGACGCCAGCAGCAGCAGCAGCAGUGGCGGGGAGGUGGCGUGCGGGACGGCUGUGGCGGCGGGUCAGACGUGCGUAUACCGCUGGGUGGUGCCCGACACUGCGGGUCCCUCCGCAGACGACUUCAACACCGCCGUGUACAGCUACACCAGCACGGCAGUGGACCUGGUCGCUGCGCCCUCCGCCGGGUUGGUGGGGGCGCUGGUGGUGGCGGGCAGGGGGGAGCUGCAGCAGCCGGCCUCGUCUAACAACAGCAGCAGCAGUGCUGCUGCUACCCUGCUGCCCAAGGGAGUGGAUCUGAUGGUACCGCUGUUCUGGCAGGUUGUUGACGAGUCCCUGAGCCCCUACUACGAUGUCAAUCUGGCAGCUGACGGUAUCGACAUGGCGCUCGUGGAGUCGGAGGACAUGUUUGAGGCCAGUCUCACGGAGAGUAACAUGAUGCACUCCAUCAAUGGUUUCGUGUACUGCAACAUGCCCCAUGUGGUCGCCAAAUCGGGAUCUGUCGUACGCUGGGUGAUGGUGGCGUACGGCACCGAGGGAGACUUCCAUGCGCCGUACUUUGGAGGCCAGGCAGUACAGGUUGACCGCACCGGCUUCAGCACCCUGGCUUCUCUCAUGCCCUCCAUCUCUCGUGCGGCCGACAUGCGAGCAGGCGACCCGGGCACCUGGCUGCUGUACUGCGACAUUCACGACCACUUCCUUUCUGGCAUGGUGGCGCAGUUUGUGGUAGAGCAGUAGAUGGGCGGGACUGCUGCUGCUGCAGCUGCUGAAAGCAUUGCAGCCGCUUGCUUAAGAGGUGCGAAGUAUCUAUCUAGGAUAGUCGGUUGACUGGCUGUUAACCAACAUGCCUAAAGCGUCAAGCCCAUGGAGGUUAAAUAGGACUCGGUAACUGGGCUUGGUUCACCAUGAGCACUUGAGCAGGGGUGUGGCUAUCUUGAGUGCUGUUCGUGACAUCGGGAGUGUAGGUGAUGGGUUGGGGUAGAGCUUUGGCGUGCAUGCACGUGCUGGGUUGCAUGGGGCCCUAGGCUGUUGUAGGAGGGGCUGGAGGGAACAGAUGAGGUAGCUAUGCGUGGUCAACGCUUGGCAUGCUGCUAUGAACCGGUGAUAUAUUGAAAUGUGUGAACCAUUAUUAUACAGUUUCUAGAUGAACACUGCUUAAGUAAGUUACGUAUGCAGGACUAAGCCAAGGACAUGCUAAGCCAGACAUGACCGAAUAAGUUACGCUCUGCAGGUUCAGGCGUAGACCAGCCGACAUGCGUAGAAGGCUUGGUGACUUGGUGGGAUGCGUGUGUGGGCAUCUUUUUUAUCGAAACACCGCCCCCCGAAUGUUGCCGUGCUGCCGCGCCGUACUACAACAGUUGCUAACUUAAUGUGGGGUGACAUGUUAGUGAUCCAGAGUUGGGGCUUAACAUAUUGGAUCCCAGCCCUCCUGGAAAGUUCUCUAGUGUUUUUCGGGCAAGUCUGCUCCUGCUGCUGGCAAAGCGUGCUAACAUUGUGCUAGCACGCAAGUGUUGUUGUCAUGCGCACAGCUUCUACCGGUAUGGUGCGACCCGUGUGUCAGCUGUACAGAUACGGUGGUGUUCCUGGUUUUAUGGCUGUGCGGGCUGUUCGGCAAACUUACGUGGUGAACGGCAGUGUGCGAGGAAGACAGAUAAGCAGCAGGUGCCUGGGCAUGUAAGGCAAAGCUUUUGCAGAGGCUGAAGCUGGCCGCACUUGCCUCGACCGACAGACGAGGAAACGCUGAGAUAUGUGACAAAUACCAAGGAUUUUGGAUUGAUGGGGAUCAAGUGAACGCCGGAUUGAACCCUGGCUAUCGGGACUACUUCGCGAAGCGCUUUCGCUGAGCAUGCAGGCGUACAGGGACACCAGCAGCAACGAGAAAGUGUGUUCGCAGCAUCAGAUGGAUGCAGCUAUACGUGUUUUUACAGGAUGAAAUAUGCUAUGGCUCCCGCUCCCUGCUUUUACGGGGAGUGAGCUGUAAGUAGAAGUUAGAUCACGCAGGACGUAACUAUCGAGCAUCGGUAUACAGCUACGUGAAGUAUUCUGUAUAUUCGUUGCUAGACGCUCAUUCUCUGUUGGGCGGUUGCCCUGGCCAACGGUUCCCGCGCGCUCCAAAUUGGUUUCUCCAUUUUCCAGCUCGCAGCUUUGUUGCUCAUACCCACCUAUGCCACUGCGCUUAGAGAGUCUAUAUACGUGAGCUGCUUUUAAUUAUAACUAAUAUCGUCUUCCAUCCAGCCAGGACUCCGGCAACGUUCAGCGUCUCUGCCGACGGCACGAAGUAUAACACAUUUAUAUUCAGUAUUUCAUCCAGUUUGUAAUGUCUUUACCUUCGGACACAUGAUUAUUAGUUUGGAUAAUAGGUGGAGAGCAGCCCUUCGGCUGCGAAUCCUUGAGAAUUAGGGCUACACCAUGGCGCUGCGCGUUCUGAACGUCGCGGAGAAGCCCAGUGUCGCAAAGGAGGUCUCAAGGAUUCUUAGCGAUGGUACCGCGAGGUCGUCGCGAGGAGCGGCUCGCUUCAAUCCUAUAUGGGAAUUCGGGUACAACGUGGAGGGGCGUCAGGCGCUCAUGAUGUUCACAUCGGUAGCGGGACAUCUCAUGGAGGUUGACUUCCCAGACCCCUACCGCAAGUGGCACAGCUGCAGCGAUGUGGACCUCUACACCUGCCCCGUGGAGAAGAAGGUGCCGCAGGACAAGCAGGACAUGAAGCGGCAACUGGAGCAGCUCAGCCGGCAGUGCCAGUGGCUGGUGCUGUGGCUGGACUGCGAUCGGGAGGGGGAGAACAUCAGCU